AUGACUCAUUAAUUAUCCAACAUAGAAAAAAUAAAAUAGUAACUUCAUCUUUAACAUUAAGUUAAAGAGAUACUGGCAAAAGAAUAUGUUGAUCUGCAAGACAAGGAGCAUUUUCAAGUUAUUGUUGGUGUUUUGGAGAAACCAAAAAAGUUAAGAAAUGCCAACGAUUUAUAAUUAUUAGCCAUGGCAUUCUCCUCAAUUAAAUAUUUUUAAGAGAUGAGCAAGACAACCAGUUAAGAUGAAAUGCUAAAUUUAUUUAGAGAAUUACAAUACAUUGAAGUGCCUGCCAGAAGAACUUUAUUUCGUUUGGGAGAUAUAGGAAAGAACUUCUAUAUAAUUUUGAGUGGCUCAGUUUGGGUCUUAGUUGCUAGAUCAGGUUUAUAGAGUGGUACAUUCACCAAAAAAGAUGAGAACAACAAAGACAAGAUCGAAAUAGACGAAGGAACCUUCUAAGAUGAAUUCGAAUUCAUUGAAUUAGAUGACGAAACCAUGUUAACUUAGAAAUAUCCAACUCUAAUGAAAGUAGGCUAAAUAGCAGCAGGUGGCUCUUUUGGUGAAAUAGCUCUUACUAAUUUUAUCCCAAGACAAGCUACUAUUGUUUGCAAAGAGAAUUCACAAUUCAUAACAUUGUCAAGAGAAGCUUUUAACAAAUUUCUAUCUGAAUAUUACAAUCGAAUCCAGCAAAAGAAUUUUGAGUUUCUCAAAUCAAUUCAGAUAUUCAAGGCUUGGAAUGAUGCAGAAUUAAGUUAAAUGUAAUAUCAUCUUCAGCCUUUGGAAUAUUGUUAUGAUACGUUGAUAUAUAAGGAAGGAGAAAUAGUGAAAGGUGUUUAUUUUGUUUUGGAGGGAAUGCAAAAAACGAAUAUCAUUUUGAUUAACAAUAUAGUAGAAAAUUGCAGAGAUCUUAUAGUAAUGUAUGCUUUUUCUAUUCAAGGUCAAAAGAAUAUUUAAUUAAAAUUAAACCGAUGUGGAUAUGGAUAAUUAUUCGGAUAUUUAGAAAUAGUGGCUAAUUAAGAAUUUCGAUUAUCAAAAGCUGUGUGUUUAACUGAAAAAUCUAAAAUGCUAUUUUUGCCUGCAGAUAGAUUUAAAUUGUAUUGUUGUAGUGGUUAAACUUUAUCAGAGUUGAAUAAAAUGAUUGAUAAGUUAGAUGAAAACAAGAGAAUCUCAAAGGAAAUAUUCUUAGGUAAUUCAUAUCAACAUUCAGGUGGGUUUGAUUUCUUGACUCAAUCACCAAACUAUUUGAUUAAAACAUAGGAUGAAGAAGAUAAAUUUACAUAAAUCAAUUAAUCUUAAUAAAAUCAUUAAACAUCUCAUAAAAAGAAACACCCUUAAAAAAAUACAGAAGGGAAAUCUCAAAAAGUUGUUUAAGAAAUGUUAGGAAAGAUUUAGCAUUAACCUUCUAAUAUUUAAAAUUAUUAUGAAUUUAUUUCUUCUCAUUCAAAGGAAAGGAAACUAGAACUCACUUUUGAAUGUCCUCUUAUUGAGAUUCAAUAGAGCAGAAAAACAAAGAUUUUAUAAUAAUAAUUAUAACACUAAUAAUCAAUUCAACAUUCAAAAACACCAAGUUAAAAUCUUGAUUCUAGAGUAUGUUUGAUUUAGAGUUUGAAACUCCCUAAAUUAUUUAAAAAAAAAAAGAAUAACGAAGAUGUCCAAUUAUAAGUUUAUAAAUUUGUUCGAUAGUAAAAUUAAAGUGUUUAGCUUUAUUGA